UUUUGCUUGCGCAACACGACUCGUUUGAUUCUUUUGAUCGCCUUUGACUCCUAAAUAUUUCAACAAUUUUCUUUUCAUUUUUUUCCUUUAAAUUUCCGUCAAAUUUUGUUCAACGAAUCAUAUAACGUAACAUUUCAGCUCCAAAAUGGGAAGAUUCAACUGGCUAGGUCUAUGUCGACGGCACUUGCUUUCAACUAUGGCCGUGGAAUCGGCGAUUGAAAGAAGCGACGGGGUUAGGAAACUUUCUGCAUUAGUCCAAUCUUUAAAUUGUGAAAGAGCUUUGCACAGUUGCAGUUUUGGUUUUGGGAAACCUUCUGAUUUUACGGUCACUGGAAUGCCGUUGAGAGAGCGUUAUUUCCAUGCAACCGGGCCAUGCUGCUUUGCUAAACAAGACUACUAUGAAAUUCUUGGAGUACCGGAAAAUGCUACUCGAGAUGAAAUUAAAAAGGCCUAUCAUGCUCUUGCCAAGAAGUACCAUCCUGAUGCAAAUAAGAAAAAUCCUUCUGCAAAGAGGAAGUUCCAAGAGAUAACGGAUGCCUAUGAGACUUUGCAAGAUGCGAAGAAGAGGAGAGAAUAUGAUAGGACACGUGUUAGAAGUUCAGAAGACAUGGAAUUUGGUGCAGAUGGUGCUCAAGGGUUCAGAUUUUAUGAUGCAAGUGGUGCACAAGGGUUUCGAUAUUCUUAUCAAACAAACUUCUCUGAUUCUUUCUCUAAGAUAUUUUCUGAGAUAUUUCAAGACGAGAUGGAUCAAUUUGCACCAGAUAUCCAGGCAGAGCUGUUGCUCUCUUUUUCUGAAGCUGCUAAAGGAUGCACAAAGGAUCUAUGUUUUGAUGCAUUUGUUCCUUGUGAUUCUUGCGAUGGGCGUGGCUAUCCACUUAAUGCCAAAGUGAAAGUUUGUCCAACUUGCAGAGGCACAGGGACGGUUACAAUUCCUCCAUUUACAUCAACAUGCAACACUUGUAAAGGAUCAGGACAAAGAAUCGAGGAAUACUGUCUGUCAUGCGAAGGAUCAGGGGUUGUUGAAGGUGUUAAAGAAGUUAAAGUUACAAUACCUGCAGGUGUGGAUUCUGGAGAUACAAUACGUAUACCAGAAGCUGGUAAUAUCAGGCGACAAGGAAGUCAACCUGGUAACUUGUUCAUUAAAAUAAAGGUUGCAGAUGAUCCUGUCUUUGCUAGAGAUGGUGCAGAUGUUUAUGUCAACUCUAAUAUUAGGUUUACUCAAGCAAUUCUUGGUGGUAAAGUUGAGGUGCCUACCUUGUCGGGGAAGAUUCAAGUGAAAAUACCAAAAGGAUGUCAACAUGGAGAACUACUGGUUCUAAGAGGCAAAGGACUGCCAAAGCAUGGUUUUAUAGUACAUCAUGGAGAUCAAUAUGUCCGCUUCCGUGUUAAUUUGCCCACUGCGAUAAAUGACCGGCAACGUGCUAUUUUAGAGGAACUUGCGAAGGAGGAAAUUAAUAUUGAAAACAACAGCACUGUUGAAGGCAACUGCAUUGGGUCCUUCGGUAAUUAUUCUGAUUAUAAUGAAGACCCUGAAAUGGACAACAGGCUUUAUCAGCAGCUCUCUACUGGUUGAACUUACAGGUGGGAAACAAUUCUUGAACAAGUGACGAGUCCUAAGUUUGUGAUUGAGUUUUCUCUACUCCUGCUAAUCCUUCUCAUCCUGAAAAAGACAAUGGGCUAAACUGACUCAAGGCAAUGAAGACAUGCACGCCAACUGAGGGUAAAGGAAAUGCAACCCCCACCCCCCGGCCCCCUUCCCUCCCUCCAUUUUUUAAGGGGGAAGGGUAAAUUCUCUAACCAAUAGUUCCAUUUGUUACCAAUUAUUUGGGCAUCAAAAGGAAUGCCUCUUUUUUCUCACUUUUAGUACUCUAGCUGUUUACACAUGAUAGUUGUUGUAUAGGGCUUGCUUUUCAACCACGCAAUAAACGAAAAGGUACAUUCGUUUUGCUAGCAUCCAUUUUCUUUUCCUUCAAUUCUUCCAUAGAUAUUAGUUUACUGAAAAUAAAAUGUAGCAAUGCAGCGUACACAUUGUUUAGUUAUAUAAAUUGGAGGGUAGUCUUGUACUAUGCUUUGCAACGUUGAAGCCACUUGAUGGCAUUAUUAUAGUC